AAUUUGUAGCAGAGACGACUUUUAGAGUAUAUAGACUCCACGAUAUGGAACAAUCUAUACAAUGAUAAAUAUGAUGUCGUAAGAGCCUCGUAUGUUACUGUUUUGUUUAUAAAUAUCUUAAUCACGCUACUAGGUGGGCGGAGCGAUCGGUUAUUCGGCUAAUUGUCUUUUGUUGAAUGUCCACUGCGUCUUUAUCCGUGUAACACCACACCGUGUAUAAUUGGCACAAUAAACCACACUUGUGAUCAGUUAUUUAAAAAGCACAUACUUUCGAUUAGGAGGGCACUUUCGUGACAGAAGACCACCCAUGGAGAUCACUUCAUAAAAGCAGUUGAAAUUAUACAGAUAAAAAAACUUGGAACAAACAUGCAGGUUCCAGAGCACUUCAUAGAGUUGUCUAUCUGCAUGUCGGAAGUACUUGAUGACGUAGGAGCAGGGAAAGAUACUGUUAUAGAGCGCAGAGGAACCUUCUUAUGGAGGGAAUGUAUGAUGAAAAUAGCAAAUACAUGUGACGGAAAGGAUUCGGAAUGUUUCCAUUUCGGCAGCCAAUCGGAGGGGACCACUAUUCCCGGUCUCGAGUCUGAUAUUGAUUUUCUAUUAACUAGCAACGAAGUAGUAAAUAUCAUGAAAGUCUGGACAGACUGGAAAGCCGGCAUGAAAAACCUUCUGAUGCUCCGAGACGACACCACACCUGCUCAACAGUACUUGCUACAAAUCUACAGAAGGGAUACACCGGAGCCGGAAACCAGUCUUUAUGAUGACCAUUUCGUUAGGAAAUAUUCUGGGCAAGUACUGUUAAGCGCUGAUAGAUUUAAAGAUCUCAUCGAUAAACAAAUCGAAAAUCGAAAAGAUGUAACUAGAAAUGGGCCUUCUGUGAGCAAUACACCUAAUUGGGAUAUUGUGCAUGCAAUUCACGUAUGCAAGCCUCUUCCUGAAAUACAGAAAUGGAUUGAAAGAUGUAAAGGUAGACAAUGGCCGCCUGUCCAUCUACUCGAGACUGCACGUGUAGCUCCGAAUUUUUUGGUACCUGCAGGACACCCAGACAGUGAUUAUAAGCGAGAAGAAUGGCGACUGUCUCCAAACCUAAUAGAAAGAAUGUUGAUGUUUAGCUUUAAUAUGACACAAAUUAAAUGUUAUAUUGUUUUAAAAUUGAUUAACAAAUCCCUAUUAUCUAAACUUGUGGGAGAUUCUAUAACAAGCUUUCAUAGUAAAACUAUAAUGUUUUACACCAUAGAAAGAACACAUCCUUCUUUGUGGGUUGAACAUAAUCUCAUGUUUCUUCUUUGGCUUUGUUUAAACGUAUUUAGGAAAUUCCUGCGAUUGGGAAGGCUCCCGCAUUAUAUCAUACACGGAGUGAACUUAUUUGAUGGGAAACUCUCUAAGGUGCAGCAAAGAUGCCUUUUAGAGUUUAUAGACUCCAUGAUUAGGAGUAACUUACGAGAGGUAUUCGAUAUUGAUAUAGAUAAAAUAGGAUGUCGUUUACAAGCUUUAAGUAUACUGCGGCUUGUAAACACUGGAGAAAUAAGACGUGUAUGCUUACGUGAUAGCAUUAGCUUACUGCUGAAGUUCGAAUGUGUGUUCAUCUUUUUGAAUCGUUUAUUUACAUUCAAAUACCAAAUGCACAGUUGUAUUACAACCAUAAAGCAAAGUAUAAGAUAUUUAUUACGCAAAUUUGUUUAUAGUUCCACGAAUAUCAGAUUAAAAACUGUUGCUUUAGACUUUAUAAAACACUUGUACGCGUUACAAAAUUCAAUGCACUCCUCUUACUGCUUGCAAUUACGAACAAUUAUUGACAGUAAAGUUAUUAGACGUUUCCAAUAUUCUUUUGAUACGGAUGUAGCUUCUAGUCGCUUAAAGUUGGCUUCAAUAUUGUACUGCAGUGGACAUAUCCACGCGGCGGCAAGAGUGUUGGAGAAUGCGGAGAAGAGGUUUCAUAGCAAGGUCAAGGCUGUGUGCAAUUGUAGAAGAAUAGAUGGAGACGAUGAUAUCAAUUUGUUUAAUGCUAUGCGUUCGGAUAAAAGUGUCAACGGUUUCAGCGAACUGCCAUUCGCAUUUUGUGUCAAUUUUUCCAGACAAGAAUUGUAUUGCACUCCUUUCAUAUUGUUGUUUGAAAUGAAUCGCAAUAUCACUGCAGAGGAAGUGGCACAGAGAAACAGCGCUGACAAAAAAUGGAUGGACAGUGCUGAGAUUGAUGCUUGUCCGUUUCUACACUAUCUACAGUAUCUCACGUAUGGAGCACUCGGUAAACGUAACAAACAGCUACAUUAUUUGAGAUGCUUCGAAACCUAUGUAUGUCAUGGAAGAAAUCGCAAUAACAUGCAUCACCGCGAAACUGCGCUGAACUUGCUGGGACACUGCUAUGAAAUGGAAGGGAACUUUAUAAAGGCAUUAUGUUUUUACGUGAUGUCGUUGCAUUAUAGUGGUAAAAACAAUGCCGCUAACUGGCACGUCGGGCGUUGUUAGCGUCGUGUCAAGGUUUGAAUUAAUAUAGAACUCUGCUUCGUGUGUACAAUAUUCAUAAUGAAUAAAACACGCAGUUUUAUGA